UACGCAUAUAGCCAUCUAACCUUUGGGAUCUGACCUCAAAAACCGGCAUCGAUCAUCGACAAAAUAUUACAUAAUACAAUGAACUCAACCGUUAAACUAGUUAAACUACUCUGCACGGGAGACAAAGUGAGUUUCGCUGCAGAUGUCAGUUAGGUCUAGACUCGUCGGGAAAGGGUCCAGGUUGAGUAAGAGCGGACAGUAGCCGAAGAACAGCCUCGUGGUACUUCGCCACACUGCGGCGGCGUGGUCACAGUAUUGAUUCCUCCAGAGCCUCAGAUGCAUGUAUUAAUACCAACGUUGUCUCAUCAUCCAAAAGGGCAGACCACAGCCCUUCGUCUUCACCAAAUACCUUCCACUGGAUUUCGGUUCUUUGCACAAUCAUAGAACCGCCAGUGAUUACGCCAGCAAAGAGUCAUAUGUCGAAGAACGUCAUCAUCAUUGGUCAAUCUGGGGUGGGGAAAAGCUCCCUCAUUAACAUGAUUUGUCACAGGGCCAAUGCUCCUACUUCGAACGACACAACCGGUUGCACAAGGGAAGAGAAAGGGUACACAUGUAAUCUUGGGGGACAAUUAUCAUGUCAAGUACACGACACAAUUGGUCUCGAAGAAGGGUUUUGGGGCUUCCUUUUCGCCCCGAAAGCAGAAAAGCGGCUCAAAACGUACUUGAAGGAUUCGAGAAAACCGUGGCACCUUAUGGUGUACUGCAUACCGGGAAAUCGAGGCCUGAAGAAAUCGCAUGCGCGUAACUUUAAGAAGUUCAAGUCGGUGGCGGACAAACUAGGUGUGCCGGUCGUAGUGGUCGUUACCCAUUUGGAGGAUUUCGGAGGUUCUUUGAAGAAUUGGUGGUUGGAGAAUCUGGAUACUCUCAAAAACCUCGGUAUUCCGGACACUACUAAACAUGCAUGCGUCACUGCACUACCCAAGGAAGAACUGGAUAAAUAUUACAAGAAAGGACAACUCUACGAUGAUUCCUGUCGAGAUGUCAAAAAUCUUAUCAGAAGCAUUCUUUGGCCCAGCACUGGUCACCGGUAGUGGGGCACCUAGUACUAAUGAUGGCGCAGUCCGCCAGUACCUUGCGAUUUUCACAGACAUGCCACUUACUCUAGAGCAUCACUCUGAAGUCAUAAAUAGUAUCCGAACUUCCUCGCUUGUCAACCUAGCAUGCUAUUCCUUACUGGUACAUGU